AUGUCAAAAGCCUCACAGCCAGAGUUGAAAAAAUACAUGGAAAAGAAGCUCUUUAUCCAGCUCAAUGGCGGACGAAAGGUAACCGGAAUACUGCGAGGCUAUGAUCCGUUUAUGAAUCUUGUAGUGGACGAGACAGUCGAAGAGGUAUCUCCUGCAGAGAGGCACAAUAUUGGAAUGGUGGUUAUUCGCGGUAAUUCAGUCGUAAUAAUGGAAGUAUUAGAAAGAGCCUAA